GAGGAGGAGGAGGAGUGGGCGCCUUCCUCUCCAUUCGGACCCUGAAGAAAGGAGAGGGAGGGAGAGAGAGAGAGGGUGACCCUGGUGGCGGCUGAGGCACCUAAAGCGAAGGAAGAAGAAGGGUCAUUGAGAAGCAAGAGGGAGGCGACGGGAGGAGAAAGGAGGGCGAAGGAAGGAAGGGUUCCUUGUCGAGGAGGGCUGCUGCCAGGAGAAGGACGAGGAGGAGGAGGAGGAGGAGGAGGAGGGAGAGGCGGGAAGACGUCGCCCCCGCCGCCUCCGCCUCCGCAGCCUCGGUGCCCGGGGGGCUGUUCGGAGCAUCGGCCCCGGGCUCAAGCCGAGAAGAAGCCGCCUCCGCCUCCGCCGCCGGCCCAUGACCCGGGCUUCCCCGGAGCUCCGCUGCGGGAGGCGGCGGGAGGCCGAGGGGGCGCCCCGGUCCCCGGCCCCGGCAGCAGCAUGUGGACCCCGACCGAGGAGGAGAAGUACGGCGUGGUUAUAUGCAGCUUCCGAGGCCCUGUGCAACAAGGCUUGGUUCUAGAACUAGGAGAAACUGUCCAGAUCCUGGAAAAAUGUGAAGGAUGGUACAGAGGACUUUCAUUAAAGAAACCCAAUAUAAAAGGGAUUUUUCCUGCUAACUAUAUUCACUUGAAAAAGGCAGUUGUCAGCAAUAGAGGGCAAUAUGAAACAGUUGUUCCACUUGAAGACACUGUUAUCACUGAAGUAACAGCAACUCUUCAGGAAUGGGCUGUUCUUUGGAAGCAGUUAUAUGUGAAACAUAAAAUAGAUCUCUUCUACAAACUGCGUCAUGUCAUGAAUGAACUGAUAGAUCUUCGCAGACAGCUGCUGUCUGGGCAUUUGACCCAGGACCAAGUACGAGAAGUAAAAAGACACCUCACUGUGCGAUUGGACUGGGGCAAUGAGCAUUUAGGUUUGGAUCUUGUUCCACGGAAGGACUUUGAGGUAGUUGAUUCAGAUCAGAUCAGUGUUUCUGAUCUAUACAAAAUGCAUUUAUCUAGUAGGCAUAGUGUACAGCAGAGCACAUCACAGGUAGAUACAAUCCGUCCACGCCAUGGAGAAGCCUGCCGACUGCCAGUACCUCACCACUUUUUCUCAGUCUAAAGAGUUUUACUUAAUACAAUAGGAGAGGAUGCAGAUGUAUUCUUUUUUCUUUAUGAUGUUCGAGAAGGCAAGCAGAUAAGUGAAAGGUUUCUCGUAAGAUUAAACAAAAAUGGAGGACCCAAGAAUCCAGAGAAGAUUGACCGAAUGUGUGCACUUUUUACAGAUCUCAGCAGCAAGGAUAUGAAGAAAGAUUUGUACAUUGUUGCUCAAGUAAUCCGAUUAGGUACAGUAUUUACUUAAGACUCAAGAAAGGGUCCAUCUCAUCUGCAUUACCCGGCGUCCCUAUGGUGUGCAGUAGAGUACAUGGAUGUAAUUCCAUCAAUUUCUGAACUCAAAGAAGAGAAGGAUUUUGUUAAAGCAUAUAUGUGCAACAAUGAAAAUGAAUGGUACCAGAUCCAUGAAAACAUCAUUCGCAAGUCCAGCACCAAAUAUACAGCCCCAAGCUCAAACUAUGGACUUAUAAUUUCUCUACAGCUUCUUCGUGGAGAGAUGGAGCAGAUUCGUAGAGAGUAUAGUAUGAUCUUUAACAGAGGUCUAGCUGUAACCAGAAAAAUUGGUUUUCCAGAUGUUAUCAUGCCUGGCGAUAUACGCAAUGACCUGUACCUGACUUUAGAGAAAGGGGACUUUGAAAGAGGUGGGAAAAGUGUACAGAAGAACAUUGAAGUGACUAUGUAUGUUCUUUAUGCAGAUGGAGAGAUUCUGAAGGACUGCAUCAGCCUGGGCUCAGGGGAGCCAAGUAGGAGUGUAUAUCAUUCCUUUGUUCUCUAUCACAGUAACAGCCCUCGUUGGGGAGAAGUCAUCAAACUCCCCAUUCCUAUAGACAGGUUCCGUGGCUCUCACCUCCGUUUUGAGUUCAGGCAUUGCUCCACAAAAGAUAAAGGAGAAAAGAAGCUGUUUGGCUUUGCAUUUACACCAUUAAUGAGGGAUGAUGGGACAACCCUAUCUGAUGAUAUCCAUGAACUUUAUGUUUAUAAGGUUUGUCAUACUGUGGACUUGCUUGCUCUCUUGAAAUGGAAGGCUUAUCCAGAUCGUGUAAUGGAUAUUUUAGGAAGACUGAGGCAUGUCAGUGGUGAAGAAAUUGUUAAGUUCUUGCAGGACAUUCUGGACACAUUAUUUGUGAUUUUGGAUGACAACACAGACAAAUAUGGACUGUUAGUCUUUCAGUCUCUGGUGUUCAUCAUAAAUCUCCUGCGUGACAGCAAAUAUUUUCAUUUUCGACCUGUAAUGGACACUUACAUUCAGAAACACUUUGCAGGAGCACUGGCAUACAAAGAACUGAUCCGUUGUUUGAAAUGGUACAUGGACCGGUCAGCUGAACUUGUACGACAGGACCAUAUUCAGGAGGCAAUGAGGGCCUUGGAAUAUCUUUUCAAGUUUAUUGUUCAGUCUCGAAUCCUUUACUCCCGAGCUACUUGUGGAAUGGAGGAAGAACAAUUCAGAGCCAGCAUCCAAGAGCUUUUCCAAUCUAUCAGAUUUGUGCUCAGCCUAGACAGCAGAAGCUCAGAGACACUGAUCUUUACACAGGCUGCUUUAUUGAACUCCUUCCCUGCAAUUUUUGAUGAGCUAUUGCAGAUGUUCACAGUACAAGAAGUGGCAGAAUUUGUACGGGGGACUCUUGGGAGCAUGCCUAGUACUGUGCAUAUUGGACAAUCUAUGGAUGUUGUUAAAUUGCAGUCUAUAGCUCGUACUGUAGAUAGUCGUUUGUUUUCUUUCUCAGAAUCCCGACGCAUUUUGUUACCUGUGGUUCUUCAUCAUAUUCAUCUUCACCUGAGACAGCAAAAGGAAUUGCUUAUCUGCUCUGGAAUUCUCAGCAGUAUCUUCUCCAUCAUCAAAACUAGCUCUGUGGAGACUGAUGUAAUUGAGGAGGUAGAGAUGAUGGUGGAGAGCCUCCUGGAUGUACUUUUACAGACUCUACUUACUAUCAUGAGUAAAUCGCAAUCUCAGGAGGCGGUAAGAGGGCAGCGUUGUCCACAGUGCACAGCUGAAAUCACUGGAGAAUAUGUGUCCUGUCUUUUGUCUCUACUUCGUCAGAUGUCAGACACUCAUUUCCUACAUUUACUAGACAAUUUCCAGAGCAAGGAUGAGCUAAAGGAAUUUCUGCUAAAGAUUUUCUGUGUGUUUCGGAAUCUGAUGAAGAUGACUGUCUUUCCUCGAGACUGGAUGGUGAUGAGAUUGCUCACCAGCAAUAUAAUAGUUACAACAGUUCAGUAUUUGUCUCCUGCGCUGCAUAAGAAUUUUACAGAAACAGACUUUGAUUUUAAGGUCUGGAACUCCUAUUUCAGUUUGUCAGUUUUGUUUAUAAACCAGCCCAGCCUUCAGUUGGAAACUGUUACUCCAGCCAAGCGUAAAAAAAUUCUGGACAAAUAUGGUGAUAUGCGUGUGAUGAUGGCAUAUGAACUAUUCAGCAUGUGGCAGAAUCUAGGUGAACACAAAAUACAUUUUAUUCCGGGGAUGAUUGGCCCCUUUCUGGGUGUCACGCUAGUUCCACAGCCAGAGGUCCGCAACAUAAUGAUUCCCAUUUUCCAUGAUAUGAUGGAUUGGGAGCAAAGAAAAAAUGGCAACUUCAAACAGGUGGAAGCAGAAUUGAUUGAUAAACUGGACAGCUUGGUAUCAGAAGGAAAAGGAGAUGAAAAUUAUCGUGAACUUUUCAAUCUGCUAACCCAACUAUUUGGGCCUUACCCCAGCCUCCUGGAAAAGAUUGAGCAAGAGACUUGGCGGGAGACUGGUGUUUCUUUUGUUACAUCAGUUACACGUCUGAUGGAGCGCCUCCUUGAUUACAGGGACUGUAUGAAAGGAGAUGAAACAGAGAACAAGAAAAUUGGUUGCACUGUUAACCUGAUGAACUUCUAUAAAUCUGAAAUUAACAAGGAAGAAAUGUAUAUCCGCUACAUCCACAAGUUGUGUGAUAUGCACUUGCAGGCUGAAAAUUACACAGAAGCUGCUUUUACAUUGCUCUUAUACUGUGAGCUGCUUCAGUGGGAGGACAGGCCACUUCGGGAGUUCUUACACUAUCCAUCCCAGACAGAAUGGCAGAGAAAAGAAAAUCUUUGUCGGAAGAUUAUCCACUAUUUUAAUAAAGGGAAGAGCUGGGAAUUUGGAAUCCCAUUGUGUAGAGAACUGGCUGUUCAGUAUGAAAGCUUAUAUGAUUAUCAAAGUCUCAGUUGGAUUCGGAAAAUGGAAGCAUCCUAUUAUGAUAACAUAAUGGAACAGCAACGGCUGGAACCUGAAUUUUUCAGAGUUGGUUUUUACGGGAGGAAAUUUCCCUUUUUUCUUCGGAAUAAAGAAUAUGUUUGUCGAGGUCAUGACUAUGAGAGACUGGAGGCUUUUCAACAGAGAAUGCUUAGUGAAUUUCCACAGGCUAUAGCAAUGCAACAUCCAAACCAUCCUGAUGACAGCAUCUUACAGUGUGAUGCCCAGUAUUUGCAGAUCUAUGCAGUGACUCCCAUUCCAGAUAAUAUUGAUGUGCUGCAGAUGGACCGUGUUCCUGAUCGUAUAAAGAGUUUUUAUCGAGUUAACAACAUCAGAAAGUUUCGCUAUGACAGGCCUUUCCAUAAAGGUCCAAAAGACAAGGAAAAUGAAUUUAAGAGCCUGUGGAUUGAACGCACCACUCUAACCCUGACACACAGUUUACCUGGGAUCUCUCGGUGGUUUGAAGUAGAAAGAAGAGAACUGGUUGAAGUAAGCCCUUUGGAAAAUGCCAUUCAAGUAGUGGAGAACAAAAACCAGGAACUGAGGACACUGAUAAGCCAGUACCAACACAAACAAAUGCAUGGAAACAUCAAUCUACUGAGUAUGUGCCUGAAUGGAGUUAUUGAUGCAGCUGUGAAUGGUGGUAUAGCACGCUAUCAGGAGGCCUUUUUUGACAGAGAAUAUAUCACGACUCACCCAGGAGAUGCAGAAAAAAUCACACAGCUGAAAGAGCUGAUGCACGAACAGGUACAUAUCCUAGGAGUAGGUCUGGCAGUGCAUGAGAAGUUUGUCCAUCCAGAGAUGCGUCCACUGCAUAAGAAGCUGAUAGAUCAAUUCCAGAUGAUGCGAUCCAGUUUAUACCAUGAAUUGCCUACUUUGGAUAAGCUAAGCCCAGCCUGCUCAGGUACCAGCACACCACGUGGCAAUAUGCUCGUAUCACAUAGCCCUAUGAGUCCAGAGAGCAUCAAAUUAGUACAUCGACACAGCCCACUGAAUAUGCUGGGGACAGUGCGACACUCAUCAUCAUCUCUUUCUUCCCAUACAUCAAGUGAAACAGGAAAUCUGGUUAUACUUACAGACAGUUCUGUUGGAGAAACAGGAGAGGAAAUGUACCAUAUGCAGGCAAGUCCUUCCACUUCAAGCCUCAGCUCUACCCAUUCUGCACCAUCCCAGAUGAUUAAUUCUGCACCUCCUAGUGCACGAGGCUCUCCCUCUCUACCAGAUAAAUACCGUCAUAAUCGAGAGUUGAUGAUGCUGCUACCAACACACAGAGACCGUCCUAGUAGUGCUAUGUAUCCUGCAGCUAUCAUGGAAAAUGGACAGCACCCAAAUUUCCAGAGAGCCUUGCUCCAUCAGGUGAUUGGACCAUGCAAACCCUGUAGUGACCCCAAUCUAUCUGUAGCUGAAAAAGGUCACUACUCAUUGCAUUUUGAUGCCUUCCAUCAUCACCUGAACGAUGGCCCCCCAGCACUGCCUGCACGAACACUGCGAAAGUCACCUCUUCACCCAAUACCUGCAUCACCCACAAGUCCCCAGUCUGGCCUAGAUGGAAGCAACUCUACCCUUUCAGGCAGUGCCAGCAGCGGAGUGUCCUCAUUAAGUGAAAGUAACUUUGGGCAUUCAUCUGAACCCCCUCCUCGAACAGACACCAUGGAUUCUGUCCCUAGCCAGGCCUGGAAUACUGAUGAAGACUUAGAGACACCCUACCUCCCUGUCAGGUACAGUCUCUCCGAGCCUGAUGUUCUGGAAACUCUCAAAUCCCAGCCAUGCCGAAGCCACUCUGCUCCAUCUGGAGUCAUUCCUCAGGAUGCGAUAGACCCUCCAGCUCUACCCCCUAAACCAUAUCACUCCCGUCUCCCAAAUAUGGAUAAUGAGGAGGGAAUGAUUUUGGAAGAGGAAGAAAAACACCGAGCACUCCAUCGCAAAAUCUCCCAGCCCAUUAGUGGUGCAAAAGAGGAGCAGGCCAGGGUGGCCUGGGAACAUGGCAUCAGUGAGCAGUAGGCAAUACUAUGGGAAGAAUAGUUUGCAUGAUCAUUCCAGGCCUAAGAAACAGAAGUGAUUUAUAAUCUGAAUCUUCAGAGGAGAAGAAACAAAACGAACUGGUUUAUUCUCUGCUGCUGUGAGAAUGACUGGGGCCAGACACUGGGGCCAGCAUGUGUGGUUGCUGCUUUCUUUUUUAUUUAAUUUUAUACUUUUCAGACUUUGGGAAGUUUGGGGGUUUGUCCUUUUUUUUUUUUUUUUUCCCUUUUUUCUCUUUGUAGUGGGUGCUUCAUUCCUUCUACAGUUAAUGAGACGGCAGGAGGGGGUAUAUAACUUUAGCUAUAGAUACUUGCAGAAACUGAGAAAUGUUAAAGUUUUGAGGGGGAAUGUGGUACAGAUUUUUUUUACGGGCUUUCCUCCCAGUAUUGAGAUGCGCACAAGUUGAAGCAGUUGCACUAAGAAUGUGGGGUGUUUUUGCUGUAGUAAGUGAAUGCUCAUUUCUAAUUCAGGGAUUCCAUGAAGUGUCAAGCCAGAAGGUGCACAGUUCAGAGGCACUGACAUUUGCUAAAGAAAAAACUGAAUAUUCCAGGCUUGAGGUGUCAACUACUUUGCAGUAGUCUCUCUGCAUUGCCUCAGGUGUGUUGAAGCAAUCUAACCAGUGCUUACUGGCUGCCGUUUCAGUGUUAAGGCUUCGUUUCAAACAAACUCUUCCUGUCACGAGCUUUGAUUUCCUGCUUUUCCCAUUGUUACUGUUGUCUGUAUGUACUGAUGCCUACAGUAUGAGGAAAAUACCUAAUCAUGACACCUGCAGCCUUUCUUUGGCUAAGCCUAGACUGGCUGUUGGCACUAGCACUUUUAUUCUAGUUCAAGAAGUAAGCUAGUAGUUGUUUAUGGCACAGCAACUAAGUAAAUGAGCUAGAAUAAAAGGAAAGCUUGAGCAGAUAUUUGACCUUUGCCUCUAGACAAAGAAUCUGCAUUUUACAAACUUUUGUCUUCUCUUCUGCCAUAUCCCCAAAACCUGACAGUGCUAUUGGACCACAGGACCUCUAUUUGUUCCAAUGUCACAGAAUUACUAUUACCUUUUUUAAACAGUAGGUUUAUAACACUAUAAAAACAGAAGUUUUAAAGGUUGCCCACAGAAUACAAAACAAAAAUCUGUUUUGUUGCUUCUUCAUUUUAAAAAAGGUGGACUAAAGUAGUGACCAACCACUGGGGACUGUGAGAGUGAAAAAGAGCCACUAUGUGUAUUUAUAUUCAAGAACUAGAGCAGCCAAUUCCUUUUCCAUGCCAUCAUUGCACUUUUUAAUCAAAGGAACUGUGGAACAUGCUGCCAUAAGCUAUCUGAUAUAACUAACACUGAGAAAGGUUACAGACAACAUAUAAAGAAAGAAAUCUUAAUACAUGCUAGGCAAUGUGGUAAAAAUUAAUAAUUUAUAUUUAAUAAUACAUUGAGAGUUGAAGAUUGUUAAUCAGUGGUUUUUUUAUUACUAUCUCAUUCAGUACCUUAAAAAAGCAAGAUUGUUAUCUUUGUUUAACAUCCAGUUUUGUUCUCCUUCCCUCGGAGGGCUAGAAAAAAACUAUUUGUUUGGGUUUGGUUUAGUUUUGUUUUGUUCCAUUUUUCAUAGUGAUACCCAAAAGCACAUUACAAAACACGUUACACUAAAGGUGAAUCAGAGCACAGAAAAUGUAAAGGACUGACCCUGCAUCCCAAACUGGCAAUGGCUACAAAAUCCAGUUGUGUUCAUUUGCCAACAGAAUGGAAAACCACAGCAGAAUGGAUUCCCCCUGCAAUUUCCCACUUAGCACCCAACUCUCUGGAGAGGUAAAGCUGCCCUUCAGAGCAGAUAUGAGUGGAGCAGGCAUGCAGAAGAGGAAAGGGAAGGCCAAUUGCAUUAACAGAUAUCUACUCACACCAGGAAUGAAAAACCUUAAAGUCCUAAUUACCCUGUUCAUUCAGUCAUGAUAAAGAUAUGAUUAAAAAAUGACUUUUUUCCUAAACAGGUAAAGAGGAUAGUGUGCCCUUGAAUGACUGUAAUUUAUUUUGAUUGAGGUAUGUUUGUAUGAUAGUUUGCUUAAGCUCCCUCCAAUGCAAAUAAGUACAUCCUUUGCCCUUAUAUUUUAACUAACGAACAAGCCUUGGGGGAAAAAUUGGUUUUGUUUUCUUUCUCAGCCUGCACUAUUGAAAUCUUUUGCCUUCCCUCUUAGUUUUAGCCUACAAGGACCAAUCCUACGAAGCAUGCUGGCUUUCCAAAGCCACCAGAAAUCGCUCCUGGCAAGCACAAAUUUAGAUGUAAAAUACAAACUUCCAAGCUAAUAUUAGAAUGUCAAGCAGGAUAGAUUUUAUCCACCAGGAGGAGUUUUCCAGCCAGUCACAAUUUUAUCUACCUGAAGGAUUCUAAAAUGAUAUCAUCUUUAUAGGGUAUGACAUUGGCAGUGCAGUUCUAAACAGGUUUACCUAGAACUGAGACUUGUCUGAGCUGUCUGGACCUAUAGCUAGGAGAAGCUUCUACAAAUGGUAUGUUUUUAUUCCAAUGAGUUUUCUAAUGAUAUAAAUAAAACCAGUUAUUAUCCUUUUCCCAUAGACAUCAUGUUUUAUGAAGAGAGGCAAAUUUAGAUAUGUGUUCAUAAGGAUUCUUGUAAGGAAGCAUCAUUUUCACAUUUCUACACAACGUUGUGUGUGUGUGUGUUAAGUGGCUUUUUAAAGGGGGGUGCUUUGUGUUUAUAUGUCCGAUGCAAUUUCCAGUGUAUUUCAAUUGGUGAAUGUGAAAUUCAGCAUCAUAUAAAUCAGGGCCACAAAAUAUAAUGCAGAAGGCAGUCCAGUCGCUAAACUGAAUCUCCAAGCCUGUAUCAUACAUGUUGCUUAAUAAAGUUUUCAAACCACAUUGCAUGGGGUUUGUGCUGACAUGGCUUUGAAAGCCAAAGUUCCUAUUGAAAAAUAUAGUAAUAAAUUCUUUGGACACAGAUAGCAAAACAGAAAUUAUUUUUAAAAUAUUUUUGGACAGUAAAAUAGCACACAGAAUCGUGGUGCCUUGGAAAAGGUAUAAACUGCUCCAAAAUAUGUUCUUCUUGCCCUUUGUCUAGAAGAAGAGAGAGUUGCAAAGACAUUUGUUGAAAAACGGGAUGAAUUUGUUCCAUCAUGUGGAAGCAGUAGGAAAUAUAAUUGCAUUUUAUUACAAUAACAAAGUAUACCCACAAGUAUUCCCACUCACAUUUUUCCCCUUAUUUAAUCCUAAAAGGGGGGGGGGGGCUAAAUAAUAUCCUACAUGAGGGAGAAUGACAGCAGGAAAUUUGGGGAGGGGAAAUCAUGUUGAUUAUUGUCCCCCUUUUUUAUUUCUGUGUAAAUAUCCCACUUGAACGCUGUGUAUUUAUACAGGAAAUCUCAGCAAAAAAUGUAUAGAUUGUGAUGUCUGACUGGUACUCUGCCCUGUAAAUGUGUUUUUAACCUAUGGCAAUCUGUGAUUUAAAAAAGCAAAAACCCUCUAACCAGUUCUCUUUUUGUGUAUUCAUGUUCAGAAAACCUGUAUUAACUGUAAGGAAAAGCAAACCUAAAAGAAUACAAACAAAACAUUUGUACCAGAGUCCUAAAGAUAUUUCAUUGUAUAUAUUGUGAUAGCAUGUUUCUGGAAUCAACCAAUAAGUGAUGUGAACUUUAGGUGUAAAUAUCUGUUUUGUUUUGGGGGUUUUCUUUCCCUUCCCAAUUCAAUCAACUGCUGUGAUGUGGAAUUAAAGAUUAAUACCUGACAUUAAAAAUCAUUGAGCAGAUGUA